CCUACAGCCUACCUUUUACAGCCAACCUGCAGUUUCUCUCCUACUAUGGAAUAUACGCUGAUGGUGAGACCAGCUCUACUGAUACCGAUUAUGUUUUUUAUUUAUGUGGACUUCAUCUUCACAUUUACCCACCCUCAGCUUUGGUGCUAGAAAAUAGAACAGGAAAUGUGGUGUCUUUCUCACUCAUCUACACCAAACAAGCAGCACCUAUUUCAUGAACAUCAAACAAGAAGUGGCAGUGGUUUCAUAACAGAAGUUCUGCAUGAGCUCCUAGCUCCACGAUGCAGAGGAGACCGCCUCCAAUUCCUGUGCGCCGUUCUGUCGACCAGUCGGGGGUCGCCGCGGCGCCCGCAGUAGCGCCUGCCGCGGAACCGUGUCCGCCACAGCAGCUGGCGGAGACUGCAGACACAGUGGACGUGGCAGACACUCGGCCGGACAGGACAGCAGUGGAGGAGACGCGGCCGGACAGAGCUGCCGCCGAGGAGGCGCGGCCAGACAGGCUGAUGACCACCUCUUACUCGGAGAUCUGUCCGUUCGGCGGCUCGGGCGGCUCAAGUGGCCGCUCUAGCGCGCUGGGGUGCGGCAGCGACACGCUGCUGUCGCCCGACCUGUCUCCGGCCACCCCGGAGCAGCCGGCAGUCCCCUCCGAGGGCGCCGGCCGCGGGUCGCCGCUGCGCCCUUCCGCCGCGCUGCUGGACGAACUGGAGCGGGACGCCCGCCGGCUGGCCGCCGCCGCCGACGGCCUGAUCGAGAGCCUCACCGGCACCAUGUACAGCAUCUCGUCGCUGGCCGUCGACUCCAUGGAGGCCUACAGAGACGCCGUCUGCAAAACCUGCGACAGCGUGGAUGCCAACAUUAAGGCGAUGUAUCAGCUGAUGGCCAAGACCGAGGAGCUGAACAAGGCCGUGAAGCAGGUCCACCCACUGGUCGUACAGGUGCGUGAGCUCAAACGGCUGCUCGAGUUGUUCGAGGGGGCGGUGGUGGCCGGCAGCUGAGCCGAUAGACACAGACAGCUGAGUUGGGGGACUCGCGCCGCUGAGUUGGGGAACUCUUGAGCUGAGUUUGGAGACACAGACAGCUGAGUUGGGGAACACUUGAGCUGAGUUCGGAGACACUGAUAUCUGAGUUGGGCAACUCUUACAGCUGAGCCGAGAGGUCCGUACAACUUAGCCAAGAGUGGUGUAAAUGAGCUCAGAGACUUACAAUUCGAAUGGGAGACUCGUACACCUGAGUUGGGAGACUCAUGGACAGCCGAGCCGGGAGACUCGGAGACAAUUGAGUCGGGGGACCGGUGCAACUUAGUCGAGACACUUACAAACUCAUCAGUGCGACUCGCUGACUCUGAGCCGCCGAGUCGAUAGCAGCACCGUUCCCUGCUUCUAUCCUCAAGAUACUGAAAUCCUUCUCCUCCACGCCGCAACCCCCCUCCGGGCUGGACAGGCAAAUUUAUCUCAUGCGGGCUGCUCCCUUGGAGCGGCACCGCUGCUCCCGAGGGAGCGCACCCCGUAGCCGGGUGCAGUGAGUGCCUUGGGGCUGGGUGGCCUGUCCUCUGGACGGGCUCAGCCCCGGCGACUCACUAGGGUGCCUGCCCAGACCAAUGUCUCCCCCUAUAUCCUAUCAUCCUCCCGGCUCUGAAAUGGUCUCAUUGGACCGAAAGGGCCUAACCCAACAAAACAAACAAACAAACAAAUCGAUAGCAGCGGCUGCGCGGCUGGCGUCAGAGGUCGCUCCCACGACUGCGCCGAUACCGCAGUCUGACAGCACACCAAAUUACCGGACAUCCAUCGCGACUGGGCGGUGUCUUUGACGGCGUCUGGCGCGACUGAGCCAGCGCCGACACCUAUCGAACAUUGGUCGCCAGCGAGGUCCAAUUGGCUCAUCAAACGUGACUCCAGUGUUAUCCAGAUGUGAUUUGAAUACUGCUUAAGUGGAAAGCUGCUAAAGCUAUAGUGGAAGCAAAUAGGCGAUGCUUUGAUGUCGAUUAUGUGAUGUUAUUUUGUAUGCAUUUAAAGUUGCAUUUUAUUGUGUUCAAAUUCGUAUAUAUUCGUUUGUAUUUUACGCGAAAUAUCUACGUAAUGUGAUUUUAUAGUCCCAUGUUCAUAGAGCGCCGCUGUGACUUGACUAUGAAAUGUUGAGCUAAAUGCAAAUAUUCAUUCGUGA